AUGGGCGGUUGUUUCAUGAGUGCGCUUGGGACCGACAUGUUGAUGGCAGCGGCGGUGACUCCCGAAACUUCAGUGAUUCCAAACAGCGAACAGCAACAACGUCAACGAACAGGGGGAAAAACAACAACAACAACAAAAAACCCACUCCUUCUCCUAGAAGUACCGGACACCGCUGCGCGACAGACAGAAACGCCACUUACGGCUGAGCUAGAGAAACCGGAAAUAUGGGACCUGAGGAUUCUGGGAUUGUGGGCGGCGAGUCUACUGCGCAUGUUCUUAUACCACUCUGGCAUCUUAAGUCCUGCAGUGUUUGGACGUCGCUUCUGCCGGGAAAUUGCUGCCUAUUGGGCUUUGCUGUUAAAAAUCCUGUGGCGAGGCAGUUCCGAAUUACGGGCUCACAUUGCAAAGCAAGGUGUUUUUUUCUCAGCAGAAGCGCCAGUGUUUUUCAAAGCGAGAUACUGGCAUCAGCAGCAUCAAAAAAUUCCGGAAUCUAAGGUGAAUGAGUAUAAAGAAAAUCAAAACAUCACUUGUGUAUCUCUGAGACCAGGACAGACUACAGUUUUAGGAAAAACACCUAAGGUGUAUCUUGUUCCCUUUUCACUCAGUAAUUACAAGCCAGACCAAUUUAAGCCCCCUAAGUCCCUAUUGGAUAAGGAUUUUAACAAUGAAGUUGCAUGUAAGAAAUGUAAGAAGACUGAAAUAAGGAAAACUUGCAAAAGGAUUUUAACUCCAAGGAUGGAAGGCACAUCUUCCAAGGCAGAAUUCACUCUGCAAAAAUCAUCCUUAGAUGUUUAUACUGAAAGUAACAAGCGACAAUACAACAGCACUUCGGAUACAGUGAUUGUCAGUGUUGAUAUGGAAAGCAGUCACGAUCUAGACAGUGAUGAAGAUACCACACCAGGCUUGGAUGAAUUUUCAGGAUUGUCACCGUAUGAAAGGAAGAGACUGAAGAACAUAUCAGAAAAUGCAAACUUUUUUGCUUCUCUUCAGUUGUCUGAGUCAGCUGCAAGGCUCCGUGAAAUGAUAAAAAAGAGGCAGCCUCCUGAAUCCAAAAGGAAAAAGCCGAAGAAGAGAGAAAAUGGGACUGGAUGUAGAAGGUCAAUGAGAUUAUUAAAAGUAGAUCCUUCAGGAGUGUCAUUACCAGCACCCCCAGCCCAGCCGACAGUAAUUGCAGAUGAAAAUCCUUUGUUACCUCCUGGGCCUUUAGAAAUGACUCCUGAAAAUCAAGAUGAUGACAGUGAACUAUUUAAAAGAUUUUUACAGACUUGGGCAGAAGUGAGCAAGACAAGUAUUAAGAAUACUGAGAAGGAGUUAGUUAACAUUAAAAGCUAUAAAGCCAAUUUAAGUGGCAUGGUCAUUAAUGAAGAUACUGUUCAUAAAGUCACCAGAGGUGCAAUAUUUUCUGUGGCUCUCCACCCAUCAGAAAUUAGAACUUUGGUGGCAGCUGGGGCCAAAUCUGGGCAAGUUGGACUUUGGGAUUUGACUCACCAAUCUAAAGAAGAUGGAGUUUAUGUUUUCCAGCCCCACACUCAGCCAGUUAGCGGUAUUUACUUCUCACCCGCCAAUCCGGCUCACAUACUGUCACUGAGCUAUGACGGCACAUUACGCUGUGGGGAUUUUUCAAGGGCUAUUUUUGAAGAGGUAUAUAGAGAUGAAAGAAGUAGCUUUUCCUCUUUUGACUUCUUGGGAGAAGAUGCCUCCAAUUUAAUAGUAGGACAUUGGAAUGGAAAUAUAUCACUGGUAGAUAGACGGACACCUGGAACUUCUUAUGAGAAACUUAUCAAUUCUUCUUUGAGCAAAAUAAGAACUGUUCAUGUCCACCCAGUGCACAGACAGUAUUUUAUCACUGCAGGAUUGAGGGAUAUUCAUAUUUAUGAUACAAGGUACCUGAAUCCCAGGAAAAGCCAGCCUUUGAUUUCUUUAACGGAACACACGAAGAGCAUCGCUUCUGCCUAUUUUUCACCUCUUACUGGUAACAGAGUAGUGACCACAUGUGCUGAUUGUAAGCUGAGAAUCUUUGACAGCAGCUGUAUAUCCUCUGAGAUUCCUUUGCUCACUACCAUCAGGCACAACACUAUCACUGGGCGAUGGCUGACCAGGUUUCAGGCUGUGUGGGACCCUAAACAAGAAGACUGUGUUAUCGUUGGCAGCAUGGCUCAUCCACGACGUGUGGAAAUCUUCCAUGAGUCAGGACAGCAGGUGCAUUCUUUUUUUGGUGGAGAAAGUCUGGUCUCUGUGUGUUCCAUCAACACUAUGCACCCAACUCGGUAUAUUUUGGCUGGAGGUAAUUCCAGUGGAAAGAUACAUGUUUUUAUGAAUUAAGAAAGUUGCUGAGUGUUUGGUUUAGCAACAUCAAAAUUGGUUCAAAUUAAUCAGUAUCUAAGGAGCCUAGUAAUUCAUGUGGCUUGGCCUUUUUAAAAAUAUGUUCUAUUUAGUUAAUAUAAAAUUGCUUUAUUAAUAAGAACUGUGAGCAGAAUGUAUAGUUACAUACUUACAUGUUUAGUAAGGGAGAAGCCUUUUAAGUCAUUUCUGUAGAUUGGGAAAGGAAUUUGAGGGGAGGCUGUGAUGUCUUCAGCACUUUUAAUCAGGCAGUAUGUUGAGAAAUUCUAGCAUUAUAAAUUACAAAGCUUUGAAUGAUCAGUAUUAAAAGUUCUUGUAGUUUCACGAUACGGUUUUGCUUCUGUAGUGAUACUUGGAUUUGUGGUUUAUUUCAUAGUUUGGAGUAAAUAUUUCUAGACUCACACUGGAAGGGAUCCUGAAAGGUCAUCUAACUUAGUGAUUAUGAAACUUCUUAUUUUUUAAUGGAGAAUUCUUUUUUUCCCCCUCCUGCCUUUAAAUUAAAUUUUAUGUGAAAUCCCAAGAUACUUGUUGAGAAGCCUUGGUUCACUUGGGCAGGGGCCCGUCUUUGUGUGCUGACCCUUUUACCUCCUCUAGAUGGCUCCUGAAGCAUGGCCAAGGAAUCGUAGGGCUUCUAGGAACAGGGUUUGGAUCUGCCUGACCUUGUAAUCCAAUGUGAGAUUGCUUUCAGACCAGUGUUUUCCAGACUGGCUUGUAGCUAUUCACAUGAAAUCCAUGUAGCCAUGACCAGUCUUUAAAAAAAAGGAAAAGGAAAGGAAUAGUAAAGAAUAAUAAAUGUAAUGGAUAAGUGUUGUUUUGUGAAAUUUAGUUAUAUGUGCUUACAUAUAUGUAA